UUGAAAGUAGGAGCCGGCUUCGAUAUGUAAAUGUUACCAUAAAUGUAGGAUAGAGAAAUAUAAUUAUGGAUAAUGAAACUGAAUCGGUUGAGCUAGGAUUGGAAAAUGGAAAAGACGCAGCUACAAGUGUUUCCAAAACAUUCGUAGAAAAUGAAGAUCCGUUAUAUCACGAAGAUUUAAAAAAGGUUGACGAAACUGGUUUAUCAGUGUUGACGUCAAUUUUCUUCGUUGUUGGCGAUGUUAUCGGCGCUGGAGUUGUAGCAUUGCCGUACGCUAUGAAACUUGUUGGAUAUUUGGGAGUACCGCUGUUUAUAUUUUGCUCCUCAUUGAUGUGCUACUGUGGCAUCUUACUGGCGAAAGCGUGCUCCAAAAUGAUGGAGAACGAAGACCGGUCCACAUUACGCGAUCCUUAUCCACGUUUAGGUCUAAAAGCUACUGGGAAAGGAGGCAUGUUAAUCACAACUUUUUCAUUAGCAGUGAACCAAGUACUAACUUGCAUCGUGUUUGUGCUGCUAGCUGGAGAAAUAUUUUUAGAGCUGUUUCCAGCUUCUCCUUGGGACCAUUACUCGUAUCGUACACAGCUACGGAUAUGGUUUUGCAUUUGUGGUGUAUUUCUGUUGCCUUUCACGUUCCUUGGUACACCUAAAGAUUUUAAAGGAAUUGGAUUUUUAGCUAUGGCUACGAGUGGUUUAGCAGUUGUUUUAAUAGGAGUUAUGUUAGGUUACAUCUCAGGCUAUCCUGUGGACAAUGAUAAAUCGUUAAAAAUGACUGGCGAUGGCUUUUUACAUUCCUUUGGAACCGUUUUGUUUGGUUUUGGUGGUGUUUCAAUAUUUCCUACUAUACAGAACGAUAUGCAGCAGCCUGAGAAAUUUGUUACAUCUAUAUCAAUUGGAUAUUUCAUUAUUUCAACGAUAUACAUUCUGACGCCUUUAGCAGCUUAUAUUGUGUUAGGUGAUUUAAUUAGAGAGGACUUGCUAACCACUUUUUCGUACAUAGAACUAUAUUUUUCACACCAUCUAUUCCGAACCAUGUGCAUGGCUGCACAGGCUUGCAUAUGUGGUCAUGUGUUAUGUGCAUUUAUUUUGAAUAUGAAUCCAAUUUAUCAACAGAUAGAAGGAAUCAUUGGCAUUCCAACAAAAUUCUGUUGGCAGCGUGUAGUUAAUAGAACUUUAUGGAUGAUAGCAAUUUUGGUAUUUGCAAUAAUCAUCCCAGCGUUUGGUCCCGUACUAUCUUUUGUUGGCGGUUCGUUCGCCGCCCUUCUUGGUAUCAUUCUACCGGUGGUUUUCUACUCGCGUAUGGAGGGAAAGUUACCAUUUUGGAAAGAAAUUUUAUUUGUAGUGAUCAUUUUAAUUGCAUUGCUCGGAUCAGUUGGCAAUGGUUACGUCGAAAUCAAAAAUAUUAUAAAUGUCGUUUUUGAUAAAUAUAAACAUACGUAAUGUGAGGUACAAAAAAUAUUUUUACAAUUUUUAUCGUUAUACAAUCGUUGUAAUAUUUUUUUCUUUAUUUUUAAAACAAUUUGUAUUUUUUUAUCGUAUUUCUGCGCUCUAUCCUGGUAUUUUGUAAAUAAACAUUUAUUAUAUUA